AUAAGGUGUGAUACCUUAAACAAGACAUCUAUUAUACCUGGCGGCACACGACUCCUACUAUACCUAGAACAAGACACCUACUACAAGACAUCUACUAUACCUGGAACACGACAUCAACUCUACCUGGAACAAGACAUCUACUCUACCUGAAACAAGAUAUCUACUAUACCUGAAACAAGACACCUACCUAGAACACGACAUCUACUAUACCUGAAACGAGACACCGGGCCGAUACCUUUAUAUGAACAUCUGAAGCUAAGUACAGAUAAAAGACCAGGUGAAGUAAGAUACCUAUCUAGGAACAGAAUACAAAUAAUAAAAAUCUGAUAUCAAGAUGUCGAGCUACCAAGUAAAACAGAAAGGUCGAAUGCCGGAAGAACACUAUAGGAAAAGCCAAGCCAAUUUCUGCUACCUGGUGGAUCAAAUCAAGGAACCAGUAAGGCUUGGUAAUAAAUUAUUUGAAAAAAACGUAUUCAACUUAGACGAAAAGGACGAAAUAAAGAAAAUUUACAUGACCGCUGAACAGGGUCGCUGGGAAGCUGCUGACAAGCUAGUGACGUAUAUCUUAAACUGUGGUGAUGUCUAUGGUAAAUUCAUCCUAUGUUUACGAGAACUAGGUUACAGAGAAAUGGUAAAUUUAUUAGAAAACACCACGAAUGGUAAAAAUAAAACCAAUCUGAUGACAGAACAAGACAAGACAAGACAUCAGCUAGAAGACUUACAUAAAGAUCACGACCUUGCAAAACAGGAAUUAGAGAACCUGAAGAAACAGAUGGAAACACAAGAUGGAGAUUCCAAACAGAUGUUGAAGAAAAUCGAAAAACUAGAAACAUACAAAAAACAAACUGAAGAGAAAGAAGCUCUGACAAAGAAGAGAUUUGAUGAGUUGGAGACAUGUAUUAAAACUCUUACCCUAAAUGAGAAAGAUACCAUUCAGCCACAUUUAUUACCUGGUACUUUGUCUGGUAAUACAAGUGAUACCCCACAUGAUACUUUGUCUGGUAAUACAAGUGGUACCUCAGAUGAUAAUUUGUCUGGUAAUACAAGUGGUACCUCAGAUGAUACUUUGUCUGGUAAUACAAGUGAUACUUCAGCUAAGAAAAAUACACGUCAACAACAACAACAGCAAUUAUUUGAUGCCUGUCGACAUGGUACUUUGGAUGAUAUAAAAAACAUGGUGAACAUAGAUGUUAACGUCAGAGACAGUUGGGACCAGACACCGUUAUUUAAAUGUUGUAUGUCACGUGUAAGUCCUGUAGAUAAAAUAAAAUAUCUAGUCAGUCAUCAGGCUGAUAUUAAAGCUAGAGACAGUCAUAAUCAUACCAUCUUACACGCGGCAUGUUGGUGUGGUACUUUAUCUACAGUACAAUAUCUUGUUAAUGAUUUACACAUGAAUGUUAAUACAACAGGUUGGCACAACAGUACACCGUUAUUUUACUGUUGUAGAUCAAGUGUAAGUCCUGUAGAUAAAAUAAAAUAUCUAGUCAGUCAUCAGGCUGAUAUUAACGCUAGAGACAGUGAUAAUAGUACCAUCUUACACUGGGCAUGUAGGUUUGGUACUUUAUCUACAGUACAAUAUCUUGUUGAUGAUUUACACAUGAAUGUUAAUACAACAGGUCGUUACAACCAGACACCGUUAUUUAACUGUUGUAUGUCACGUGUAAGUCCUGUAGAUAAAAUAAAAUAUCUAGUCAGUCAUCAGGCUGAUAUUAACGCUAGAGACAGUUAUAAUACCAUCUUACACGUGGCAUGUCUCCAUGGUACUUUAUCUACAGUACAAUAUCUUGUUGAUGAUUUACACAUGAAUGUUAAUACAACAGGUCGUUACAACCAGACACCGUUAUUUAACUGUUGUAUGUCACGUGUAAGUCCUGUAGAUAAAAUAAAAUAUCUAGUCAGUCAUCAGGCUGAUAUUAACGUUAGAGACAGUUAUAAUGAUACCAUCUUACACGAGGCAUGUAGGUUUGGUACUUUAUCUACAGUACAAUAUCUAGUUGAUUGUUUACAUCUAGAUCUACAUGUCAAGAAUAACCGUAGUCAAACAGUUCUAGAUUAUUGUAGGAUGUCAGACACUGAACAAGAUGAAAAGAUAAAAUAUAUCACAGAUCAAAUGAAAUUAAAAUAAACAAGUUAUAAUAAUUCGUGUAAACUAGUCAACAUAAUGUUAUUGUCUCUAGUCAUACAAUUUACAGUUUUAUUGUCUCUAGUCAACAGUUAAAACUAGUGAUGACGUAUUAUACUGUCUCUAGUCAACAGAUACAACUACUGAUGACGUAUUAUACUGUCUCUAGUCAACAGUUAAAACUAGUGAUGACGUAUUAUACUGUCUCUAGUCAACUACUGAUGACGUAUUACACUGUCUGUAGUCAACAGUUAAAACUACUGAUGACGUAUUACACUGUCUCUAGUCAACUACUGAUGACGUAUUACACUGUCUGUAGUCAACAGUUAAAACUACUGAUGACGUAUUAUACUGUCUCUGGUCAACAGUUAAAACUACUGAUGACGUAUUACACUGUCUGUAGUCAACAGUUAAAACUACUGAUGACGUAUUUGUAUUUUAUCUACAGGACUAAUACUGUGUAUAUAUUUAUUGUUUAUUUUAUUGUUUAAUUUAUUUAAAAUGUCUUCAAUAUUUUUUUUGUAUAUAUUUAUUUUCAAUUAAAAA